AUGAAUACUCCACCUUUGAAACCCUUCCAAUUAUCACCAUCUUUAUCACCUAUCUCACUAUGCUUAGAUGAUCCAAAUAACAACGCUAUUAACAACAACGGUCCAGCCGGAUUCAAACAUUUAUUAGCAUCUCCAACAAAAUUGAAAUUGGAUAGUUCUUUGUUUUAUAGAACAUCGUUGUCUAAAUUAAACGAAAUAAAUUUUAGUGGGACUUCGACAACAACAUCACAAUUGCAAGAGAGAAGGAAAUCGGAUACGUUUUUACCGAAUUCUCCUGUAAUGCUCCCAUUAUUCAGCAACAACAAUAAUCCUACUCAUGGUGCUAGUGCAACUGCUAACAACAAUGCAAAUAAACCUACAAUGUUUAAACGUGAAUAUUUUUCUCCUGCUACCAAACAUUCAAAUACAACGAAUAUUUCGAAGGCUUCCUUACCAUUACUUUCAGCGUUAAUGAAAGGAUCUAUCGUUACGAACAGCUCACCUACAGUGGAACCGUCAACACGAGCUAUAGAAAACGAUUCAAUCGGAACUAAAUCCAACAAUACAAACGGAUUAAAAUCUAAGUCUAAAUCUAAGUUAACCAUAAAGGAGAGUCUAGAGCAAUUUCAACAAAAACUUGAAUCGUCAUUUAAAGAUCGCCAACCUUUAUCAACUCCAAUACAUAUGGAACAACAUAGCGAGAUUACCAAUGAAAGAGAGAGUAAUACAAGUGAGAGAACUAAUAAUGAUGAUAUUAGAGAUGUGAAACAACAGCAAAUUGUUACGGAAAUAAAUGAGCCAUCUUCGACAAUAUCAUCGUCAUCAUUGCUACCUUUACAGAUGGAACCAACCUAUGAAAGAGACACUUUAAAUCCUUUAUAUUCUGAUUAUCUUAAGGAAGCCAUUCCUGAAAAGCCUAAUGUUAAUGUUUAUCGUGGCAAUUCAAUGAGAAUGAGUUCCACAGCAACCACGUUAUAUACCCCAUUAGAAGAACAACAUGAAAAUCAAAUUCAACAAGAUUUAGUUGAUAUGAAUGGCUUUGCCAAACCAUAUAAUACACUUAGUACACAUGGUAAUCAAUUAAGAAACGCUGGAAUGAAUGAGAAUAUUCGUAGCGGUUAUAAUAAUAGUAAAAACCGUUAUAGUUUUAUAUCCUCUACUUCAACAGAUUAUGAUAUCGAUUGGUAUGAUCAAGUUGCGUCACAAAAUGGUGUUAACAAUGGAAUGAUGGGUAAUAGAAUGAUGAGGUCUUCUCCUGUUGGAAUGGCAAUGCGUGGGAAUAGCGGCAGUAGCAACACUAAUGGUAGAAAUAGCUUUAUUAAUAUGAAUAUGAAUAUUGAUGAGAUCAGUAAUGGCAGUGAAGAAAAGGAGGUCAUUGACUUGAAGAUUAAGAAAUUAGAAUUAGAGAUUAAUGAGUUGAAAUUACAAAAUGAAAAAUUGAUUAAUUCAAUUUCUAAGAAAAAUUUAAUUGAAGAUAAGAUAUUAUUAGGUUUUUUUAGUCAACAACAACAGCAACGACAUAAUGCGACGAAUAAAAAGAUGAAGAAAAGUAAGAAGAAUACGAAGAAAGAAAAAUACUCUAACGAAUCAAGAUCUGGGUCAAGAGGUAUUGAUAAUACUGUAGAGACAUCAAAGAAGGAAACGAAUGAUGAAUCCAUGGAAAUGAAGCUGAAAGAAAUGGAAAUGCAAUUCAGAAAUUACCAGAAAAUGUUGACAGACCUGACUAUUGAACAAAAAGAGAGGAAAAAGAAGAGCACCAGAGCAAAAUGUGGGGACAAGAAUAAAAAUAAAAGUAAAAGUGAAAGGCCUGUUUCAAAUCAAAGGAAAGAAAGGUUAGCCCGAAUUUCUAGCAGAGAGUUGAAAAAAAUUGAAGAACAAAAUGAUUCAAUUUCUGAUUUAAAUACGAGUUUUACUAAGAUAACAACGUCGGAGGGAGAAACUAACGAAGCAGAAGAAGAGGAAGACUUAGAAUAUGAGGAUGAAUAUGAGUAUUCUGAUGAUGAAGAAGAACAAGAGGAAGUAGACCAGAGUCUUCAAUCUAGAGAAUACGUUGAUGACUCUUAUUUCUCGGAGGAGGAGAAAAAAUUGAAUGUAACACAAGAACAGCUGGAAGAUUUCCGUUAUAACAGUCAAGAAAUAGAACCAAGUAGUGCAGAAGAGGACGGUGAUGAUCAUGAUGAUGGUUAUGAAAGUGAAGAUGAACAAUUAGAAACUCAAUCAAGAAGGAUACCCACAUCUUCACUUUCUAGUGGUAAAACAGGAUUCCAAUUGAAUUUCCACGUACAGCCAGUUCAUAUUGACUAG